CGAGAUUCCGCUCCGACUCCCACUCCUCGAGUUCAAGACCGUGAAUCCGUCCAGAGACUCGGAGCCACCAAAACAACCAGUCCUCAUUUUCAUUUCGAAAGAGAAACCAACUCGGCAGACAUACAUUGUGCGAAUGUGGUGGCAUAGAUCCUCAUCCUCUCAAUCAUCAAUCCACGAUGAACGGGGCCGGCAGCGGUGAAACCAACACUGGGACCGGCAGGCGACGUGGUCCCCUUCCCAACUUUGUCCAAGUCGCCAAAAGUUAUGUCUUUGAGCAGGAGAUUCAAACUUGUCUACGUAACACGGGAGUCUCCCAGGCCAGAGAGGACAGUAUUAGGUUGGCGGGUGUGCAGUGGAUUGACAAUGUCAGACGAGCGUUGAAAUUACCAGUCAAAACAUUCAACACUGCGGUGGUGUACUAUCACAAGUUCCGUCUGCAGCAUUCCGAUGGCGAGUACAGUUUCGUGGACGCUGCGGCCGCCGCUCUCUUUACCGCCUGUAAGAUCGAAGACACACUCAAAAAGUCGCGCGACAUUCUUUGUGCGGCACAUAAUAUCAAAGUUCCCCGCAAGGAACAUCUAUCGCCAGACGAUCAGGUCUUUGAACAUCAAUCACGCACCAUCAUCGGGCUUGAACGCUUGAUGCUCGAAGCCUCAGGCUUCGACUUCCGCAACCGCCAUCCCCAGGAAUUUCUGAUCAAGCUGGCGAAAUUCUACAAUUACGAAAAGACCUCGCGGGUCGUCAAAACUGCAUAUGUCAUGUCACUGGACUUGUAUCGGACCUUUGCGCCGCUCAAACAGCAAACGGCCACGAUGGCAUUUGCGUGUCUCGAACUCGCUGGACGGCUGCUAGGCGAAGAAAACAAGGACCUUUGGCAGGGGAAAGACUAUGCGGCUUGGCGAAUAGAUCGCGGAAUGGUCAUGGAAACCCUUCUCGACCUCCUCGAACUCUACACGCACCACCGCACAAUGACGUCCGUCGGACCCGAUUUCCCCGUGGAUAGGUUCCUCGAAGUCCGCAUCCCAUUAAACGUCGAGUCCGAAGAGAAACGUUUACCGCGAUACACGGAAUGGAUCGGCACCUCUCCCGAAGACGCGUCUUUGGGUCUCCUCGGCCAGGCGGGCGGCUUGAACGGAGGCCCGGGCAGAGGAGGACUGAACGGGUCGCAUUCCCGUGGGUCCAGUAAGAACGUCAGUCCCAAGGACGCCAAUAUCACAAGUCCCAAUAGCACGAAUAGUAGUUCUGGCGCUGGUAUCCCGGGAAGUGGAAGUACCGCUGCCACGAGUCUGCCUGGGGGUGGCGGCGUGAGACAACGUGCAGGCGAGAGGGGCCGAGAAGGCUCUGUUAGAUUCAUCCUCAAUCCAGACCGAGAGCGGGACGAAAGGGCGAUUGUGGAAAUGUACCGCGGAUCUUGACGGUCAACCACAAUACAAUAAUGGGAAUCACGGAAAAGGGAUCUUUGUACAAAAGCGAGAAAUUGAUGAAUAGGGGUUUGCGACUGGAUUUUUGACAAUUCCGUACUGGGUAUUCUGCGUUCUUCAUUUUGCGAACCCUUUGUGUGGUGUACCAAUUGCGAGUUUCGGUUCGUCUGGGCCAGGAGUUGAGAUGUUUUGGGGUUUCAGUGCCAGUCUAAGGUAAUCUGACUGGUGAGGGAUAGGGAUUUGAUGUAUAUGAAAGCAGACCGGCGUAUUGGCUGGGAUGAUAUCAAGUUUGGUCAACUAUGUCCGGCAUAAAAUAUAUUGAUUCAACCUGCUUGGUACGAACUGAGCGGAGGCAGAAUGGUUUUCCGUUGCUGGCCAUGGGAUAUACAAUAUUGUGCUAUACCAUG